AGUGCUCCUGAUUGUGACAUCACAUCCAUCCCCUUGGCAAUGGAGCUUGUCCCUAGGAAGGAAGACUCAGUCGGAGAAUAGCCAACAAGAUGGGUUACUGGGAACGUCUCCUGAGUGGCACUGAGUGGAAGCAUCAGGGGGUUGGAGCCUUGUGAACAGGGAACCUGCCCCCAACACUUGGAAGGACCUGGGUUUCAGUGAUGAGACAUGGGGUAUGAUGUAACCCGUUUCCAGGGGGAUGUUGAUGAAGACCUUAUCUGUCCUAUUUGCAGUGGAGUCUUGGAGGAGCCAGUCCAGUUUUUGAUGCAGCCAUGUACUCUGCAUUUUGAUAUGAAAGCUGCCACCUUCACUAGGUCAUUUCUCUACCAGCUUUGCCAGACCAGAGAUAAUUGUAUCUUCCUGGGGCAAGUAUGAGGAGAAGCUCAUGAUUAACAGGCGCCUCACUGCGAGCAUGCUUUCUGCAACGCCUGCAUCACCCAGUGGUUCUCUCAGCAGCAGACGUGUCCGGUGGACCGGAGUGUUGUGACGGUCGCCCACCUGCGCCCAGUACCUCGGAUCAUGCGGAACAUGUUGUCAAAGCUGCAGAUCGCCUGCGACAACGCUGUGUUUGGCUGCAGUGCUAUUGUCCGGCUUGACAACCUCAUGUCUCACCUCAGUGACUGUGAGCACAACCCAAAACGGCCUGUGACCUGUGAACAGGGCUGUGGCCUGGAGAUGCCCAAAGAUGAGCUGCCAAACCACAACUGCAUUAAGCACCUGCGCUCAGUGGUACAGCAGCAGCAGACACGAAUUGCAGAGCUGGAAAAGACCUCAGCAGAACACAAACACCAGCUGGCAGAGCAGAAACGAGACAUCCAGCUGCUCAAGGCGUACAUGCGUGCAAUUCGCAGUGUCAACCCCAACCUUCAGAGCCUGGAGGAGACGAUUGAGUACAACGAGAUCCUAGAGUGGGUGAACUCCCUGCAGCCGGCACGAGUGACCCGCUGGGGAGGGAUGAUCUCCACCCCAGAUGCUGUACUCCAGGCUGUAAUCAAGCGCUCCCUGGUGGAGAGUGGCUGUCCUGCGUCUAUUGUCAACGAGCUGAUCGAAAAUGCCCAUGAGCGUAGCUGGCCCCAGGGUCUGGCCACACUAGAGACAAGACAGAUGAACCGGCGUUACUAUGAGAACUACGUGGCCAAGCGCAUCCCUGGCAAGCAGGCUGUUGUCGUGAUGGCCUGUGAGAACCAGCACAUGGGUGAUGACAUGGUGCAGGAGCCAGGGCUUGUCAUGAUAUUUGCGCAUGGCGUGGAAGAGAUAUAGGAGAUCUCAAUGGGCUAUCUGGAAGAGAUGAAAAUCAGAAAAUCCUGUCACUCCAGCAGCGGGGCCCUGAGUCCUCCCCACUUUCCUUAAUACCGUGGCUAACGCUAGAGCCACACAUCUCCCUGCUCUUCUGCCACUGAAGAGGGCCCCAGGGCACUCUGCUCAGGCUUUCAGGUGGGAAACCCAGAUUCCCUCCAUUUGCCUAAUUUCUUCCCCUAAAAUGUCUGUAUAUUUUCCAUCUGGUUGGGAAAGUCCCCACCUCUGUUUCUGUUUUCCUGCCUAGGGUCCUGGUUCCAGAUAUUUUCAGAAAGCACAAAGAUACUCAUUUUCUCUAGAGGAUCAGGAUGGAGUGAGGCAUCUCUAACUGUUCCCCUCCUCC